CCUAGCCCUAGUAUUGUCGGUCGGCUUUGAAAACACGAUUUCCUUUAGGCACAUUUUCAAGUUUGUUUAAAAGUUUUGAAUAAUUCAAUACGACAUUCAUUAUGACAAGUAAAAAAUUAAAAGUUGAAGACCAUGAAGAUGCUGCCCAACAAAUGGAAGCUGGAAAUGAUAGUGGUGAUGAUUCAAGUGUCGAUGAAAAUCCUGAUAUCUAUAAGGGUGAUGAGGGAAUUACCGUCGACUUCGAGGGCCGUAAUCCAAUCGACACGGAUUUAGAUGGGAUAAAACAAAUGCUGGGCCAGCUGUUUGUCAAGGCUCACAUUGACUUAAGCGAUCUUUCUACUGUAAUCGUUGGACAAAAUUACGUUGGAAGUGUGCUAAAACAGGCGUAUACUGAUGAUGACGAUGAAGAUGAAGAUUCAAUGGAUGAAGAUCCCUGUCAGGUAGUGUUUGGCGUUACUACAGCCAUUAAUCUGUCUAACAAACAAGAUCAAAAUUGCGUCAAGCAGCUGCAAAAAAUGAUAUUUGAAAAGGCAGAAAAAUACGCUACAGAAGCAGUGUUACAGCUGUUCCGGGAGGCACUGCAAAGUGGCACGAAAUGUACGGCUUUAUUACUGAAUGAACGAUUUGUUAACAUUCCUGCUGCUGUAUGCGUUCCUAUGUUUGAAAACUUGCUCGUCGAAAUUGAACGUGCUAAGGCAAAAGGAAUGCCGUAUAAAUUUGACUAUUUUUUGAUGUUUGUAAAAUACUAUCAGAAAGCAGCUUCCGGAGCGAAAUCUGCAGAAAUAUUAUACUCGAAUGAUGAAGAAGAGUAUUUUAUUAAAGAUUCAGUUGCCAGUUUCGACUAUUCCGUGCAAAAGGAAACAGCAACCGCUUUGGCUGGAAACUGGUUGGAGGAAGACGAGGAGUUGCAACCAUUUAGAAAGGUUUUACUGAUAGAUGCAAACAAGCUGCCGGAAAUUGUAAGCACUAUUAAAAGUUUGGUCUCUAAUGCAGUUAAUAACUAAUACCUACGAUAGUAAAAGUGCGAAUAUAAAAACUUUAAGCUGAAAUGAGUCAUUGAUUUUGUACAUUUCAAAAGCAUUUUUUUUGUUUGAAACAAAAAUUCUGUUCAUAAAAAUAUAUUCGCUGUGUUCAGUUUGUCUAGAAGAGUGCAGUGCAGAUACAUUGCCCUGUUUUGUGUCAAAAACUGCUUCCGAAAUUGGGCUUUCCGACCAAAAGUUGAUGACUGCUAAUU